CCAGCCCAGCGGAGGGGCAGGAACUCACAUCCGAGCCAUUCUGGUGGAGUUUCCGACAGGAAAACAACAAAGGCGUUGGACAGAAAGGACGGCAGCAGCGCCAUGGACUGCGAGACCAAGAAAGGGAAGAAGGGCUUCGUGUCGCCCAUCCGGCGCCUGGUGUUCCCCAAGGCUGCACGGAGGGCAGCUCUCCGCAGCAGUGUCUACCGGCGGCCGCUGCACUCAGUGCCACUGUACCCCCCCGACUACCUGAUCGACCCCCAGAUCCUGCUGCAUGACUAUGUGGAGAAGGAGGUGAAGUUUUUGGGCCACCUGACCUGGGUAACAGCCUCGCUGAACCCCUCCAGCCGGGAUGAGGUGCUGCAGCUGCUGGACACUGCCAGGAAUGUUCUCUGCUUGCAGCAGCUGAAGGAGCUGCCUCUGCAGACGACCCCGGAGCAGGACAGCAUCCUGAGCCUGUCUGCCCGCUGCCUGCUGCUCACCUGGCGUGACAACGAGGAGCUGAUCCUGCGCAUCCCCACACAUGAGAUCGCCGCAGCCUCCUACCUGCGUGACGAUGCCCUGCACCUCCUCAUCCUCAAAACAGGCCUGGGAGUGGACCCAGUCCCCGCUGGCGCAUACCCCGAAGCGGCCCCGGUGCCGGAGGUGCCCCCGGCUGAGAAGCGCUCGGGGAGCUCUUGGCCGGAGCCGGGGCGGCUGGGAGGUGCGAUGGAGCGGCGGCACACCAUCUGCAGCCUGGACUGGCGUGCGGCUCGGGGCGGGCAGGAGGGCCGGCAGGGCGGCAGCCUGGAGCGGCGGAGGGGCGGCAGCUGGGAACGGCGGCAGCGCGGGCGGCCGUCGGGCAGCUGGGAGAGGAGGCAGCCGUGCGGCGGCAGCUGGGAGCGGCGGCGGAUCGGCACGGCGGGUGGAAGCUGGGAGCGCGGCACCGGUUUCGGCAGCUGGGAGAGACGGCACCCCGGUGGCAACCCGCUGGACCCCCAGGAGCCGUGCCCCGACGCGUAUUCCAACCUCGUCAUCCUCGCUGUGCCGAACAGGGAUGCGGCCGAGGAGUCCUGCGCCCUCAUCUGCCAGGUCUUCCAGAUCAUCUACGGUGAUCAGAGCAUCGAGUGUGUGGACCGUGCCGGGUACCACUACACCUCCACACCCACACGGCCCUGGCUCUCCAGCAGAAGUGAGAGCUGCCGCACAGAUGGGACGUAUGGCUACGAUGCUGACUACAGCUGCUGCAGCUCCUUCAGCAAUGGUUCCCAUGAGACAUUUGAGGCAUAUUAUAGCGGGACAUCCUCGCCCUCCUUCCACCAGUCCCACCACAGCCUGGCUACCGCCUGCAGCGGCAGCGACCAGAGCAGCGUGGGGCUGGAGCAGCUGCAGGACUACAUGGUGACGCUGCGCAACAAGCUGUCGCCCCAGGAGAUCCAGCAGUUUGCCCUGAUGCUCCGUGAGUACCGGCUGGGCACUCCGGUGCAGGAGUACUGCACAGAGCUCCUACGCCUCUACGGGGACCGGAGGAAGUUCCUCCUGCUGGGGAUGAGGCCCUUCAUCCCCGAUCAAGACAUUGGGUACUUCGAGACCUUCCUGGAGAGCAUUGGCAUCCGGGAGGGCGGCAUCCUCACCGACAGCUUCGGCCGCAUCAAGCGCAGCAUGAGCAACACGUCAGCCUCCGCUGUGCGCAGCUACGACAGCUGGUCCCUGCGCUCUGAGUCCGAGUCCUUCAACCGCAUGAUCACCAACAUCACAAAUGACAUCGAGGCACUGGCACGGGACGAGGAGGAGGAGGAGGAAGAGGAGGAGGACAACUACCUGUGAUCUGUGCCUCCUUCACCACGGAAGGGACAGGGCUCUCCUCUUGGCUGGGCUGAUGGCAUUUCAGGGCGGUGUCGGUUCAGGGGAGCCCCCACCAGCGGUGCCAAGUGCUGUAAUUUUUGCAGAUUGCAAUUAAAUGACCAGGAUGGGGA